AAACGUGAGCCAUUCCACCCUUUCCUUUCUCUCUCCUCGGUUUCCCUCCAAUCCCUUACAGCACCUUCAAGUCUCUCUCUAGCUCGCUCGCUGUUUUUGAAGCUCUAUUAGAGGUCGAUACAUACAUAUAUGUAUGCGUAUAUAUCUUUAUAGAGAGAGUUUUCGAUCGAUUGUAUGUAAUAAGACCUGAGGUGGGUAUGAAUGUGCUCGAAAGGUGAGGCAUGGCGUUGUCAGGCGCUCUGCACGCCAAUUUAUCAGCCACCUGGCACACCUCUUCUCGCCACCAACCAUCCAUGUUGUGCUGUCUCAGGCUCAAUCAGAAGCAGAAGAGAUUAGCUUUUUUGACAGCCCACAGAAGAAAGAGUCUGUGGAAAAUCAAAUCUGUUGUGGAUAGCAGAACGUCAAGUAUCAAUGACAAUGGGGCAACUGAACCAGCAAGAAUUCUUCUGGAGAGGUUAUUUGCCCAGACACAGAAACUGGAAGAACAAAUAGGCAAAAAUUCUCGUCUACCUCAGGUUGCUGAAUUGGGGCUGAAUCUUGUUAAAUUAGAGUCAGAUAUUGAGGCUGCUCUGGCAGCCUUGAAGAAGAAGGAAGAAGACCUACAAGAUGCAGAAAGGAAGGUCUUGUUUGAGUACAAUGAAAUACACCAAGCAAAGGUGGAGUUGGAGCGACGGGAGGAAGAAAUAGCAUCAGCUUUUUCCAAGAAGGAAAAACUAGAAGAGGAGCUGAUGCAGGCUAAUCUCAACUUAGCUUCUCGGGCGACCGAAAUUGAGGACCUAAAGCUUUGUAUUAAAGACAGAGAUCAGGAGAUUUCUGCUGCCCGAUCAGCACUGUGUUUGAAAGAAGGUGAAAUGAGUAAAAUGCAGAAUGAAUUGAUAAAGAAGAGUGAAGAGGCUGCCAGCACCGACUCGAAACUCAGAUCCAAGGCUCAACUAUUGAACGACACAAAUGAAAUUGUGAAAAAGCAAGAACUUGAGCUUCAAGAGCUCCGGAAAGCAUUCCAAAAGAAUGAGGAAGAACUAGAAAUUUCUGUAGCGAUGCGGAAACUUGAAGAGGAAAAACUAAAAGUUGCUGAGACCAAUUUGGAGAAGCAGGCAAUGGAUUGGCUUGUAGCACAAGAAGAAUUGAAGAAGCUGGCAGAGGAAAUAUCCAAACAUUCCGCAGAAGGAAAUGAAACUUUUGAAGAUUUCAGAAGAGUGAAGAGUCUUCUUGCUGAUGUGAGGUCUGAGUUAAUUUCAUCUCAGAAAGCUUUAACUUCCUCUAGACAAAAAAAGGAAGAUCAGGAACAGCUGCUAGAAAAGCAGCUAAUAGAACUUGAAGAGCUAAAGAGAAGUGUUACAUCUUACAUGGCAAGUUUGAGAGAUGCUCAAAUAGAAGUAGAGAGUGAGAGAGUGACGCUUAGGGCUGCUGAGGCUCGAAACGAGGAGCUUGAACGGGACUUGUCCAUGGAAAGGGAGCUUAUUGAAGAGUUGCAGGAAAAAUUAAACAACGAGGGGUCAUCUCUGCAACAAGCAAUUCAAGAGAUGUUUUCUCUCCAGAAGGAUUUAGACCAGAAAAGUAUUGAAUUUGGAGAAACACAAAAUCUUCUUCAGGUUAAAGAGUCAGAAUUGGUGGAAGCCAGAUUAGAGAUCAUGCAGCUGAAGUCUGAGCAUGCUUCUUUUCAACUUAUAUUGGAGGAGAAAGAUUUGGAACUCGCCAAUGCAAUGAAGAUGUUGCAGGAAGUAAACCAAGAGAUAGCUGAACUAAGGGUACUUAUGAACAGUAGAGAAGAUCAACUUAUUCAAGCAACGGCCAUGCUGAAGGAGAAAGACGAAUAUGUUCAGACUAUGCACCAUGAACUCAAUGACUCGAAGCUGAAAUUUUCUGAAGCUGAAAGUGUGUUGGAACAAAUUUUGGAGCUCACUAACAAACUGGUUAUUCCUGAGAAGAAUGGAUAUUAUGAUGCAAUAAUCCCUUUUGAUGAAAUGGAUCAAAAGUUACAAAAAUCAGAUGAUACAUUUAAGUGGCAAAAGAAACAGCUUGAAACUGAACUUGAGUUUGCCAGAGAAAGCCUGAGGACGAAGGAAAUGGAAGCUCUAGCAGCACAAAGGGCCCUCACAAUCAAAAAUGAGGAACUGAAAAUGGUCCUUAGAAAACUAGAUGCAAGGGAUAAGGAACUAAAGAAGAUGAAGGAAGAAAUGGUCCAAGAUAGUUAUGGUCUGAGGAAGCUCUAUGCUUUGGCACAGGAAAGAAUUGGUGAAAAAAGUAUUGGGGAUCUGGCAAUUGAGAAGCUCCAGUUGGAGGCAGCUCAACUGGAAGUUGAAACUGCAACUAGUGCACUCCAUAAGCUCACUGAAAUGAGUCGGAAGCUUUUGGACAAAGCUAGUUCCAGCAUUGAAGCAGAUUAUGAUAUUAUCACUCUGCAUAAUGGUGCUGGAACUGGGGUGAGUGCUGUUAACAAUGAAUGUUUUGGCAAAGUCAGAACAGAAGUUGCCCAGCUUUCAUCUUUGACUGAGCAGCUCGUCAAAGAGGCUGGUAUUGUAGCUGAUGUUAACUGAAACAAGGUAAUUUUUUAAUCUAGUUACCAGAUAAAGUAAAUAUCUAACUGCUAGUCUCCAUAGUUGGUACAUGGCUUGGGGGCAUUUGUAUCUUAUGUUGGUGUGACCUCAAAUGUAAACCCAGGUAUGGUAUAGUAUUGUCUAUUAGAGGCAUUUGAUUGUAUUCCGUAUGUAGUAAUUCUUCCUUGUAGUAAGAAAUCUACACACGAGAUUCGAUUUUUAUUAUAUCCAUCCUUUUUCUAAAAACCUGUAUGAUGGUACUGUAAAUGUGCUCUUGCAUAAUUGCCCUAUGAGAGGUUUGAAAAAUGAUUUCAAGAAACAAUGACUUCAAUUUUGUUUGACAGAUGGUCCUGGACUAGAGGUCAUUAU